GACUCCCAUCGACCAUUGCGAGCUUAUUUACAGCUUGAACCAUCUGCUCUCCAAACACUAGCCGACCACAGUGAAAUGAAAGUUGUAGUAUUGUUUGAAAGACGUUAAAUCUGAUGUUAAGUGUGUGCCAGAGAGCGUCCUCGGCUCUGCUGCUAAAUUUAGCUGACACGCUGUCUGACUACACCUCAGUGGAUCUGCUGACAGGCGAGUCUCACUUCCUCUCUCUGACGGGACAGGUCUCCUCUUCCCACAGCUAGCAGGAGGAGAGAUCAUGCGACCUGAUUAUCUGGAGCUGAAGAUCAGUUUGCUGUGAGAAGUGUCUGACAGGAUCAGGAGUGAAGGCUUGAGGCAGGAUGGAGGUCCUGAACAGAGCUGUGGUUACCUGCAUCCUCACGGUGUGCCUCGGCUGUUUGCACGUGAUCGCCCUCAAAUCACAACUUUUCACCAGGCAUGGUGGGCUACCUCAGUCCACGGAGCCCCCCAUCAGCUAUGAGACUUUUUAUUUUGACCAGAGGAUUGAUCAUUUUGGAUUCCUUGAGGACGGCACCUUCAAACAGAGAUAUCUAUUGGCUGACAAACACUGGCAGCAGCCGGGAGGACCCAUUUUGUUCUACACUGGAAAUGAAGGCGACAUCGCCUGGUUCUGCAACAAUACUGGCUUUAUGUGGGAAAUUGCAGAGGAGCUGGGAGCCAUGCUGGUUUUUGCAGAACAUCGCUACUAUGGAGAAUCUCUGCCAUUUGGACAAGAGUCUUACAGUGACAGCAAACACCUGAACUACCUGACCUCUGAGCAGGCCCUUGCAGACUUUGCAGUGCUGAUUCAGAGCCUGAAGAGCACUUUACCUGGAGCUCAGAACAGUCCCGUCAUCGCUGUGGGAGGGUCCUACGGUGGGAUGCUCUCUGCCUGGUUCAGGAUGAAAUACCCCAAUAUAGUUGUUGGGGCUCUGGCAGCCUCUGCACCAAUAUGGCAGUUCCCGGGUAUGGUACCAUGCGGUGACUUCUACAAAGUAGUGACUCAGGACUUUGCCAAAAGUGGCUACAACUGUGAUGCAAACAUCAGGAAGUCGUGGAAAGCCAUCAAUAAUAUGUCCUCCACUGCUGCCGGUCUUCAGUGGCUGUCAGAAGAAUUCAGUUUAUGUGCUCCUCUGAAAAACAAGAAUGAUGCUGUGGGCUUCAAGAACUGGCUUCAGGAGACCUGGGUGAACUUGGCCAUGGUGGAUUAUCCCUACGAGGCUAAUUUCCUUCAGCCACUUCCUCCUUGGCCAAUACAGGUGGUGUGCAAACAUCUUGCUUUUGAUUCCUCUGUGUCUGACGACAAGCUGCUUCACGGAGUCUCCCAAGCAGCAAAGGUGUACUACAACUUCACUGGUACCUCUCCGUGUCUCAACACAUCUCAGACAGCGACCAGCAGCCUGGGCUUCCUCGGCUGGUUCUACCAGGCCUGCACAGAGAUGGUCAUGCCCAUGUGUACAGACGGCGUUCAGGACAUGUUUGAACCAGAGGAGUGGAACUUUCAGGCUUUCUCUGCCGAGUGUAACGCCAUGUUUGGUGUGAAGCCUCGAGCUGACUGGGCAGGCAUCGUCUACGGCGGGAAGGACAUCGCCUCUCACAGCAACAUCAUCUUCAGUAAUGGAGGACUUGACCCUUGGUCAGCCGGCGGAGUGACUCACAACAUAUCAGACUCUCUAGUUUCCAUUAUGAUUCCCGACGGAGCGCAUCACCUGGACCUCCGCUACAGCAACGAUCAUGACCCGCCUUCUGUCCGCCAGGCCCGGGCGUUAGAGGUGAAGUAUUUUCGAGAGUGGAUCAAGCAGGCGAGAAAGAACCAUCAUCCUGCAUGAGCCCACCUGUCUCUAAUAAGAGGACAAUAUAACACAAUCAGGACACACAGGAAUAUCCAGCUUUAAUGAAAUCAGCUUAAUAUCUCACAGGGGGAAUGUUAUCAAGCCAAAGUUUACACUUUCUAAAAAGAUUAACCUCACUCUUGUUUUUAUCCAUGUUUAUUGCUGACGCACUUCUUUUCUCUCACAAAAACGCUCUUGGCUUUCCAACAGCUUAGAGACAGAAGGGUACAAAAACAUCAUCAAAAGUGACAUUUGCUGUUGAGUCAAAGCUGUUAAAAACAGUGUUGUUGUGGGAAAAACAUCUUUUUUCGUGUAAUCACAUUGUCAGCAUCAAAAGAGUGGAGUGCCUCGUUUUUUCUUAAGUUUUUCCAGACACAAUCAGGGCGGCUCUCUGCCUCAAAGUCAGCGUUUCAAUCAGGGAAACAUUCAAGUCUUUCAAAUUCAUAUUUGUGUUUUAACUUUCAUCAAGACGUUUCUUAUCUCUCUGCUGUCUGUCUUGUUGAUUUUUCAUCAUUCAGCUGCUUUUGUUUUUUAAUAAAAGUUUUCACUUUGAUGCACUAACAGAUGACAAAAUUAUUAGCCCACCAAUGAUGAUUUCACCUUUUCCCAAGUGGUGUUAAACAGAGCAGGGGACUUUAACACAGCCUUUACAAACAUCCUAGUUUUAUUUUGGAUGCGUACAUCAUUUUACUUUAGACACAGAAACAAAAUUAUUUUACAAAAAAAACAAAAACUACCAGGGUCUAAAUUAUAAGCCCCCUUUAGAACUGGUCUUUUUUUGUUGAGCCACAGCAAAAAUCACUGUUGUUCAGUGAUGUGCUUUAACUCUGUGAUGCUCAACGCUUUAAAAACGGGUUCAAACUGAGUAAUCUUCACAUUCGCAC